CUGACUGAGGUAUAAAAAGCGCUUGCCGUCAGCAAACUGAAGCUCAGAACGUUCUCAGACGUUCGCUGUACGCAUUUACACAAAUUUGGAGCACAAUAUGAAGGUUUACUUGUUGCUGGCACUCAUUGGUAGCGCUUGCGCCUACCAGAUCAGCGCACAGCAGCAGAACAUGGUCAGUGUGGGUCAGACGGGCCAACCAGGCCAAUCUGGUCAAUCGGGAAAGCCGGGUCAAGCAGGCCAACCUGGUCAGCCGGGUAGAUCAGUGCCGUCGAGUCAACCGGGUCAAUCGGCCCAACUGGGACAAUUGGAUCAAGCAGGUCAACCCGGUCAACCAGGUCAACCGGGUCAGUCAGGCCAAGCCGGGCAACCAGGCCAACCGGGUCAGCCGGGUCGAUCUGGCCAAUCCAGUCAACAGGCCCAAAAACCCCCACAUCACAGUCAUCAAGCACAAAAUCAACACGCACAAGCGAUUGAGCAACAUGUUGGGCAACUUCUUGCGCAUGGUCAGCAACAUGGUUCGCACCAUCAGCAUGAGCAACAAGUUGUGUCCAGUCCACUGCAAGUACAUCAACAUAUUUCACAUGGACAACAACAACAAGUGCAUCAGGCUCAGCAACAUCAGCAUCAUGCCCAGCAACAUCAGCAUCAUGGACAACAACAUGAGCAGCAAGGACAGCAACAUCAACAUCAUGGUCAGCAACAUGGACAUCAAGGACAACAGCAUCAACAUCAUGGUCAACAACAUGGACAUCAAGGACAACAACAUGAACAGCAAGGCCAGCAACAUUUGUAUCAAGGCCCGCAACAUGUCCAUCAAGGCCCUCAACAAGGCCAGCAAAAUGUACACCAUGGACAACAACAGCAACAUCAAGGUCAGCAACAUGUUGCACAGCAAGCCAAAUCACAGCAGCAACAAUACCAAAAAGUACCUAAUGCGCCGCAACUAACGCUCACCGGCGUCGUGCAACAUGUGCCCAUACCGCAUCAGAACUAUAAGGUGCCCAAUCGCGUGCAACAUGUUGUCGAUCUGGCGCAUGCGCACAUACCACAAGUGCUGAACUAUCACAAGUUGCACAAGAAUGACGUGAAUCCCGUUGUUGUUGCUGGCAAAGCAGUAAAAGUGCCCGUGAUACCGCCGAACGUGCAACAAAUUGUGGAACAUGUACACACACACGUUCCACAAGUAGUAAAUCACCAUAUACAACAACAAAAACAAUCGGAGGUUGUGCAAAAUCAACAAGAUGCCAAUGUCAACAAGGAACAACAACAACCAGUGGCUGGAGUACAAGGUGCUAUUGUUGCGCGCAGUCAGUCGGUCGCGGUGCCACCACAAGUGCAACAAAUUGUCGAACAUGUGAACAAACACAUACCACAAGUGAUCCUCUACCUAAAGGAGCAAGCACAAAAACUACAAGAGUUUAUCAACAAAUUUCAACAGCAACAACAGCAGCUAGCACAAGAUGUUGCCAGUGAACAGCAGGCGGUGUUGCCGCAGGUACCCGCUAAAGUGCAACAAAUCGUUGAACACGCGCAUCAACACAUUCCACAAGUGGUCAGUCAUGCACAGCAACACAUACAGCAAGUACAGAAACAACAGCAACAACAACAAGAGAAUGAAGUGCGGCAGGUGCAAACUGUUGGACUCUCUCCAGCUGUUGCAAAGGUGCAAUCUUCCGUCCCCGCAAAUGUAGCGCCAGUUGUCAAUCAAGCACAGCAAGUGCAAAACCAACAACAGGGUGUUGUACAGCCGGUACAGGGUGUUAUAGUACCACAGCAGGUUCAUAAAAGAGUCUAUACUGUGCAACAAGGUGUCACGAAACAACCGAAUCAACCAAAUCAGGCACCGAAUCCUGCUGCUGGUGUGGCUGGGCAGCUAACCGUUGAAGUUCAGCUGUGAACGCCGAAAUAUUGUUUCAAUGCUUCGAUUUUCCAAACACUGUUUCAUAAGAUUUCGUUUAGUAAAAAAUCACUGCCUUCAUUUUUGAUAUAAAUUUUUUUCUGAAACACGCAAA